UCUGUCGCCGCCGCCGCCGCCUCAGCUUCCCACAGCCGCUGCCGCUGCCGCUGCCUCCGCCGCUCUGCCUGGUCCAACCUCCAGGCCCAGUGCUCUGACUUUGCCGAACCGAGGCGCUCUGCAGAGACAUCCUUACUCCUUCCUGGGGGUCCGGGACGCUUAGGCCGACGUUGGGGGGAAACCUCCGCUUGCGGGUGACAGGGAGGGAGGAGCCUGGAGCUGGAGCUCGCGGCACCCGUCGCCCGGAUCAACAGGACAGGACAGGUUGAGGGGCGUCGGGGAAAGGAAGGGGUGUUAUAGCAGUCCCAGGGAGGAUGAGAAAGCCCUGGCACAGGAAGCUCUGAUGCGCUCUGACUUAAGGGCCUGUUCACGUUUGAGGAGUGCUGACAACGUGGGUGCACUCCUCUCUUGGGGGCCUUGUUAGGUUGGAGGGUGUGGGAUCUAAGCAGUGCCAGUUGUUCCUCGGGAAAUUUAAGGGGCAACUAGAAAACAAACAGAAACGACUAAUGCUCCUUUUUUCGGGGCGACAGAGGGUCCUCCAGACAACCACCUGGUGUCUGCACUAGAAAGGGCUGAUUUGGAGGUGACUUCAAAAGGAGCGGAGGGUGGCAAGGUGAGGGCAUGGUCUCAGCAGCUGGAACUCUGUGGCACUAGAAAUGGGGGUGACAAUGAGAAAAAGCAUUAUCCGGCCAGAGGGUCUGGGAACCCCUGCUCACUGAACCUAGACAGCCUGGGAUUAAGUCAUAUUUGCUGGGGGGGAGCAUUUGAAGAAAGCGGGAGAGUCACUCCAUUUGGAGUAGAGCAAAGGAAAAAAACAGAGCUGGCCUCCUUGACAUUGACAGCAGCCUAGGCUGAGCUAAUGUCCACAAAGCUUAGGACCCACACCCUUUGUAAGAGAAGGCUGGGCAGGAGCGGCCCUAAAAUAGGGUAGGAGGAAGCCCCGGAAUAUUGCGAACACAUCUUAGAAAUAUAGGAGGGUCUUUACUUCGGGAUAGAGGAGGGACCCUCUAUCUCGUACAGAGGCGAGCGACGAGGGAAAGCUUCUUUAGGGGACAAAAUUCAUGGGUGAGGUCAGCUGAGGAGUGCAAAGGCUGCUGGAGCCGCUGAAGCUAGUCAGGGCCCAAGGGUCGGGGGAGCUGGUGGUGUGCGGGGACAGACUGGGGUCCGGGGUUUAUCUUCAGAUCCUGUGGGUGGGGCGGUGGGUUGGGUCCUGAGCAUGCCCUGGUGAGAGGGCUCCUCUUUGGGGAGCCUAGGGCGCUCCGGGAGCCUGCUGGUUUGGGGGUGUCUCCUCCCGGGGCGCGAUGGCGGCGUUGGCCAGUAGCCUGAUCCGACAGAAGCGGGAGGUCCGCGAGCCCGGGGGCAGCCGGCCGGUGUCGGCGCAGCGGCGCGUGUGUCCCCGCGGUACCAAGUCACUUUGCCAGAAGCAGCUCCUCAUCCUGCUGUCCAAGGUGCGACUGUGCGGGGGGCGGCCCACGCGACAGGACCGCGGCCCAGAGCCUCAGCUCAAAGGCAUCGUCACCAAACUGUUCUGCCGCCAGGGCUUCUACCUCCAGGCAAAUCCCGAUGGCAGCAUCCAGGGCACCCCAGAGGACACCAGCUCCUUCACCCACUUCAAUCUGAUUCCUGUGGGGCUCCGUGUGGUCACCAUCCAGAGUGCCAAGCUGGGUCACUACGUGGCCAUGAAUGCUGAGGGGCUGCUGUACAGUUCGCCGCAUUUCACAGCAGAGUGUCGCUUUAAGGAGUGCGUCUUUGAGAAUUACUAUGUCCUGUAUGCCUCUGCUCUCUACCGUCAGCGUCGAUCUGGCCGGGCCUGGUACCUAGGCCUGGACAAGGAAGGCCGGGUCAUGAAGGGAAACCGAGUCAAGAAGACCAAGGCAGCUGCCCACUUUGUGCCCAAGCUCCUGGAGGUGGCCAUGUACCGGGAGCCUUCUCUCCACAGCGUCCCUGAGACCUCCCCUUCUAGUCCCCCUGCCCACUGAGAUGUAGUCCCUGGACUGGAGGCUCCCUGCACUUCCAGGGAGCCAGCACCACCACGCCUCGUCUCCUAGCCCUGCUCCAGGCCUUGCUGCUCUCACGCCCCUUGCCACACACAUGCCCUGAGCAGCCAGGUCUCACCAGGUGCUGUACCCUGUGGGAGUUUAGGGGCUGUCUGGGACCUCACAGUUGCUGAGCUCUUAGAUCCGGGGGCCCAGGGGAGGUCCCAAGAUGGGGUGCCUGAGAUGAUCCUGGCUGAUCACGUCUCUUUUUUUUUGUUUUCCACACCAACUCCUGCCCCCUUUUUUCCUAAAAGGCACUGGGGUUCCAACACUGACAAGGCAAGGGAACUAAUCCUCUCCACCCUGGCUGAGCCAGUCUCUGAAGUCAUGUCCUUCUUUUCCUUGCCACGAAGCCAUAGCUUUUGAGGUCGGUCUACCUAGGUUGCCACUCAGGCUUCUCCUCUCUCUGUUCUACCUUCUGUCUUGGUCUGGAAGGUUCUGAUAUAGCUGCUCACCCCAGCCAGGCAGGGCCAUUCCUAUGUUCUGUGUUGGAACCCAGGUAUGGAUCCUUUACAUUUCUAUCCUUGUCCUAGAUGGACACCUCCCACCCCUAGCUUUAAAAAAGAGGCUGAAUUUGAGCCUCCUAAUGUAGCUAUUGGCCUUGGUCUGAAUUGGAACCAGUCUCAGGUCACCACAGGUUAAACCUUCUUAUCCCAGAGACACCCAAUUCUAGAACGUGGUAUUCUAAACCUUUCUAGAGCCACACUUCCUCCUGAUUCUCAGCUCUAGGACAUAGACCAUGCCUCUCAGCCCCGUUUUCCAGGAUGGGGCUAGGGCCAGCGCAGCCAUAUUAUUGUACUAGAGUAAGUUCUAAACCUACCCUUCCACUUUCUCUAUCGAUUAAGGAAUGAGAUAUGGGUAGAACUCAGCUAUGAUUAAUUAAGAACUAAUUGGCUCUGAGCUGUGCUUGGUAGUACGUGCCUGUAAUUCAGCACCCAGGAGGCUGAAUCAGAAGGAUUUUGAGUUGGAGGUCAUCCUGGGCUAUAAUAGCAAAACCUUGUUGCAAAAGCCAACACACACACACACACACACACACACACACAUACACAGGGAGAGAAAGAGACAGACAGAGACUGAGAGAGAGAUUUAUUACUAAUCAAUACUGAAUGGAUCAGGAACCACGUCUUGCUUUUCCUAAAUAAUUUUCUAAAAAUCGUCACUUACUCUUCCAUGGUUUCUAGUUUCACCAUUCCAACUGGGGUUCUGCUAGGGAAACAAGAGUCUGGGGAAAGGUACAGGAGUUCUGGAAGUCUGUACCCGGCUCCUGGCAGGGAAGCUGGGAAGGAGAAAACAGCCCAGCCCGGUGUGGAGGGAGUGAUUGAACCUGCGUCUGAACACUUAGCUACCUCAGCAGGAAUUCCUUCCAGAUCCCCUUUAAAGCUGAGGUCCUUCAUUCUGAUAUAGUGCGGUGCAUCUGUGAGGUAAAGGAGGGGAAGAGAAUCAGGAAUGAAAGGCUAGCCUGGUCUACACAGUGAGUUCAGGGCCAGCCUAGGCUAUGUGAGACCCUGCCUCGAACAACAGGAAGCUGAGGUCUAUAACGAUAAUAACUCUAGGAUGAAAAAGGACAGAUAGCGACAAAGCCCUGACUCUCCCUCACAGCAAAGAGACCCGCAACUCAGCAAUAAGCUCCACUUCUCCGAGCCCUCUACAGGUCAGGCCUAGGAAAUGAGCCUCUUGGGCUCCCAGACCUCAUACCUAUCCCCAGAGCUUCUAACUAAAUAGAAUUUACUUUACCUUACAGCUUAAACCUCAGGUGGGUUUUAAGUACCCAAAAAGGACCUGAAAACGGGGAAAGUCAUGGGGAACCUCUAGCAAAAUAGGGGGUAGAUUCCGAGUCUAGCAGAUGUAGGUGGAAACAUCUAUGGGGGUCCUAAGGGAGGGGCUAGUGCUCAAAGACAGGUCACUUUUCCUCAGGCCCUUUUACUUCUGGCUUGUUGCAAGAGAUGCCCCCCUCCCUCAUACAAACCCCGCUCAGGCUCCGCCCAUCUCCUGGCACUGCUCUCAGGGGACUGGGUCUCCACUUCAUGCUUUCUGUAAUUAAAGAUGAUUUAUACAA